UGAGCUUUGAUUGGCGGGCCAUGGACCAAUCACUGUCCAGUGGGCGGGGUCAUAUGAGCGUGCUCAAUUGUUUCCCGCCCUCCGUGGGCAGAGACAUUGUGGUUGCUGUGUUGAAGCCCCUGGGAGCCACCCUGGGAAACCCUAACAACCACAGCCUGCUGCAUACAGACAGACAGGUGAAGUGGACGAUGGAGGUGUUGUGUUACGGUUUGACUCUCCCAUUGGACGGAGACACAGUCAAACUCUGUGUUGAUGUCUACACUGAUUGGCUGAUGGCGCUGGUUUCCCCAAAAGACUCCAUCCCACCACCAAUCAACAGAGAGCCCAACCUUUACGUUCAGAAGAUUCUCCGACACCUGUACAGCCUGUUCUUGGCCAGGUCAGACCAGGUGAGUCCGGUCUACCUGUCUCUCUGUCAGCAGGUGUUGUGUGCAGUGCGCUUAUUGGCCAGAGAGAGCACUGUGAUGAGUAGAGACACCUGGGAGACUCUGCUGCACUUCCUGCUCCGCAUCAACCACGCCAUGCUGGCUCCUCCCACUGCUGCAGCAGUUGGUGUGUCUGACCUGUCGAUGGCGGUCCACUUCGAGGUCUUGUUGCUGUCUUGCUCUCGGUGUUUCCCGUCUCACUCGCUCUGGCAGAUGUGCAGACAGAUGUUGAGCGGCUGGCGACAUCAGCCUGUGGUGGUGGAUCAGUGGAACCGAGUCGUUGCAGCUUUAACCUCCAGGCUGUUGCUGUUGACCUUCGGCCCGUCCUUCCCUGAGUUUAAAGUCCCAGAUGAGGACGCGGCUCUGAUCCCUGCAGACCUGGAUGACGACAGAGUCCCUCAGACCUGGUUCAGGUUCCUGCACAUGUUCAGUCACCCGGUGGUUGUUGGUUCAACUCCUUCUUCUCAGGAGGAGGUGUCAAGAGGAGGACGCAAUCAGCUGCCUAAAAUCUUCUUCAGAGCCAUGAGAGGAGUCAGCACACUAGUUGACGCCUUCCUUGGUGUCUCAGUGGUCAAUAAAGAACCAACGGAGCUGCUGCUGCCAAACACUGGGCUGACAACAAGGAUCCAUUUCAGAGACCGGUUGCCAUCUCUUGGUGUUGCUGUGACCAAAAGCCCCUUCAGAGACCUCCUCCCCUCCUAUGGUUUCUCCCGGCCUCGUUCGGGCAGUGCCCCGCCCACCCCAGUGAACGUACUGAGCUUGCCCAGUGCCCCUCCCUCCACCACGUCCCCCCCAAUGCACAGGCGACUAAAACCUGCGCAUGUUUCCAAGGCAACGGGCAAACCUACGAUGUCUUCCUCCUCCCAUCCUCCCUCCUCCCCUCCCCCGCUGUGCUCCAGUCCCCGACCCUCCCCCUCCCCCCUCAGGUGUGACGUGGACUCCCUCCUGCACCUGUUCGGCUGCUGGUUGUUUGAUGCUGCUCUGAUCAACAGAGACUCAGGUCUGUUUGGCUAGUACUCUGUCUGUACUACAACAGUAGUACUACAGUAGUACUACAGUAGUACUACAGUAGUACUACAAUGCUACACAUACUACAUACGUGAAGCAGCUGCAGGUUACCACAUGAUAAACCCUGUGUCUCCUUCAGCUGGUCACUGUGAUGUCACUGUGAUGUCAGAAAGGUGGGCUGCAGGUCGAGCUGAGGCCUGCGGGACGAUCUGCAGGAUCAUCACCUGUAAGAAGA